UUCCAAACAAAAAGAAAGAAAAAUAAAACGAAGGGUGCAAAAAAGAAGAAAGAAAAAAGUCUCGGCACAUCCCCAAGCGAAGGUAUGUUGCUGCUGCACAAAUGGCCAAGCAGUUUCUGCCUCCCGCCUUCAUAGCAAUUCAACUGAAAUCUUGGCACGAGUAACAGAAGCAGACGACUAAAAACGACCGACAUAUUCGAAGACGACAGCUACUAGACUAGCCGAACAAGAAGCUUUGCGUUCAUGUCGACCUCACAACUUGGAUGCGUCCGUCGCGUGUACGGAUUUUGUACGACAGCUAUCAGGAAGGUAGGGAGUCUUCCUUUCGCUUAAUUUCUCGCCAGAGGUACCACGACGUGUUUGUUUUCGAGUGCAUAUCACGGAACAGAAGCCCAGCAUUUUGCGAAGCCCAGCUUGCUUUGGCGACUUGUGCUGGCGUUCACGAAUGUACGCGGUUGUUCAAAGCGUAUCGGGUCAGCAUUUCGACGGGGUGUUUUCGCUGUUCGGGGCAAACAGGACCACGUGUCGGUGCAACCUACGUCAUGUUAGAUCCAUCGCUGGCUCCUGCAAUGCCCGUGCACUUGAGCGAGAUGUCAGCCGCGAAACGACGUCGCAGCGAAGAGAGUGACGCUAAGAGAACACACCACCAGCGCGACAGCGAUUCCGAUGGUGCAGUGCCGAAGCAUCACCACCACCACCAUCAUCACCACAAAAAGCCUGCUGUAAAACUGGACGACGAGUCACAGGACAGUGUUACCGGAGUGUGCACGCUGAAAGAAGGGUCUCUCAAGUUGAAGAUAUCUCUCCACAGGCCUCCUUCAUCACUGCCCACUACUCCUGAUGGAGAUAGCUUGGUUCCUGCACCAUUAUCUCGUGCUGGCGAUAAGGAUGAGAAGCCCGUCGACAAUGGGGUGAGCGAUCGACAAGAAGUGGUCAACAUGGAGCACGCGGAGAGUAAUGGGGUUGAGAAACACGUUCCCUUAGUUUUGUGCACUCCCAAAGCCUCCUCGGAACAAGGAAGAGAACAGGAAGAAACCAACGACGAGGUGCAGCUAUCGGGAAGAACAACGGCGCGAAAGAGCAAGGUGCCCGGCCACUUCGUGGCCCCCGAACCCAAAACGGCCAGGCGUACCCUGCUCCCAGACCUCAACAAGCUCCGCAAGCCGAGGACCAACCAAUCGACGCAACCCGUCGCGCAUCGGGGUGAUCCCAAGUUCCGGGGCACCAUCUUGGACAGCGGACUUCUCGCGCGACCGCCGGACACUUUCCACCACCUCCAGGUGACCGUGGGCCAGAACGGCGGCAGGGGCAUCGUCAAUCACGCGUCCAUCCUCAACCAUCCCAGCGUUCACUCGCGAAUGUUUGCGGAGAGUUUCUCGAAAAAAAACAAUGUUCGCAGUCCUCCGCCGAUCGGUGAAGUGCAACGAAAGCCGUCGCUGCCUGCCCCUCGGGAUCACCAGCCUCUGGACUUGUCGACGGCAGGUUACCCCAACGCGACGGUUUCGCGGCAGAAAGCAGCCACUGCCAGUUACGUUCCUCCUAUUGGAGUGUUCUACCUGAAGCCCCACAGUCGGAAGCGCCUGGACGAUGUCGUCAAGAGGCUGUGGGCGCGGCACGGAACAAACAAUCAGGUGCCGGCCGUGCUGCCGCAGGCGGGCAGUGUAUAGCGCGAGAGUCUCUGUUUUGUUUUUUUUUGUUUCGUUUCCAUUUCGCAACUGACGAGUUAUCGACGGGUUUUGUGAUGCUGUUCGUUUUAUCACCUUUGUACCAAAUAAAGUGAAUUGGGGGAGUUUUUGCUAUGCA